AAUCCACCAUCGAGCACGCAUCGCCGCCUUCUUCACACUGGUCGAAUCGGUCAUCUCGUCUAAUGGAUUAGAGAGCUUGCAGCGCACUCUAGCCGACUUCGCUCUCUUUGAUCGAAAUUUGUCAGAAUUUUCACAUUGAAAAUCAUCUCCCAGCGACCAUGAACGCGGAAAAGCUGAAGAAACUGCAGGCUGAGGUGCGUAUCGGCGGCAAGGGCAUGCCCCGUCGCAAGAAGAAGAUUGUGCACACAAAUUCCGCUGUGGAUGACAAAAAGCUGCAGCUGUCGCUGAAGAAGCUCGGCGUGAACACCAUCCCCGGAAUUGAGGAGGUUAACAUGAUCAAAAAUGACGGAACCGUGAUUCAUUUCAACAACCCGAAGACACAGGCUUCUCUUGCAACCAACACAUUCGCCAUCACUGGUCACAGUGAAUCGAAGCAGAUUACGGACAUGCUUCCGAGUAUCAUUACCCAGCUGGGACCGGAAGGACUUAACCAGCUGAAGAAAUUGGCCACGGCAGCGGUAGCUGAGGACGAUGACGAUGUGCCGGAGUUGACGGAAAACUUUGAGGAAGCCUCCAAGCAAGAGGUGGAAAAUAUUACGCAGAAGGUGCAGGAGAUUCCAGUUUCAUAAAUUGACUCCCCCACCCUCGCCUUGCUACUGCGCGCCUCUUCGCUCCGCUUUUCAACAAUAUUAUAGUCGCUCCCAUCCCCUCACAACAAAAAUGGUAAGGAUGUGUUUCUUUUUCUUUGUGCGUGCUGGUUCAGCGCUGAAAAAAAAAUUCUGCUCCACAAAAGUACACAUCUUCACACAAGUCAGCCGACAGGAAUAGCAGGUAGCAUUUCAUCAGAACAAGAAGCACCCCAUUUCUCGAGUGCCAUUUGCCAAGUAGCAGCCAGCAGAGGCGAGAACCUUCCCCCCUUUUAGGAGCUUUUUGGGCGCCGGUCAGUGCGGGGUCGAAAUCUCGCCGGCCAGUCGGAAAUGGGACAAAUCAAUUGCAACAUCUAAAUCUGCGCGAACACUCUGUGACUUGUACAUAACUAAGAGAGUAAAAUUGAAGAUCAAAGCUCUAACAGCAAAACUGCAGAAGAAAAUUUCGUUAUGAACACAUUUUAAUAAACAAAAAAAAAACUGAAUAAAGAGUAGAUUUAAGGAAACAUAAGGUAUCCAAAACAGA